CUCUAUAAAAGCCGAAAUAUAAACCCGUGAAGCUGACAACAUUCAAACACGAGAAAUUAACAACCAUGAAAAUGGAAACAAGCUUUCCAUCGUUGCUUGCAAUAUUAUCUUUAGUUUCCCUAAUCUUCUUGAAACUCAUAUAUUCCACCAUGAAAAGAUCGACGGCGCCACCGCUGCCACCGGGGCCGGCUGCCUACCCGGUGGUGGGCAGCCUGCCGGAAAUGCUGUUGAAGAAGCCCGCAUUCCGAUGGAUACACAAUGUCAUGCAAAAACUCAACACGGAGAUCGUCUGCAUCCGCCUCGGCAGCGUCCACGUCAUCGCAGUCAGUUCUCCAGAGCUUUCUAGAGAGUUCUUGAAGAAGCACGACGCGAUCCUCGCCUCCCGGCCUGACUCCGUCUCAGCCCGCCUCACCAGCGAUGGAUACUUGACGCCGGCCUUAUCCCCCGCCGGCGACCAGUGGAAGAAAAUGAGGAGGGUUAUGGUGUCGGAGGUGCUGACGAUGGGUGUGUUUCGACGGCUCCACUCGAAGAGAUGUGAAGAAGCCGAUCACCUGGUGCGGUAUGUGUACAACCACCGCAAUGGGGUGGUGAACGUGAGAGAUGCAGCGCGGCAUUACUGCACCAAUUUGAUCAAGAAAAUGGUGUUUGGUGAGAGGUUUUUCGGGCCGGGAAUGGAGGACGGGGGCCCGGGAAAUGAAGAUAGAGAACACGUGGAUGGAUUGUUCACCAUUAUUUCGUGUCUCUAUGGAUUCGCCCUAGCUGAUUUUGUACCGUGGUUGGAGGUUUUCGAUUUGGAUGGACAUAAGAGGAUUGUAAGGAAUGCGAUUAAGAAGGUGAGAAAAUACCAAGAUCCAGCAAUCAAUAAGAGAAUGGAGAUGUGGCAGCUAGGGCUCAAGACUCAACAAGAUGAUAUUCUUGAUCGUCUCAUUAACCUCAAGAACGAAUCAGACGAAACUAAGCCCCUCUUAUCAGUUCCAGAGAUUAAAGCACAAAUUCUUGAAAUAAUGAUUGCGGCAGUUGAUAAUCCGUCAAAUGCAGUUGAGUGGGCUUUGGCAGAGAUGAUCAAUCAACCAAAUAUUCUUGUAAAGGUGUGUGAAGAAUUGGACCGAGUUGUAGGUAAGAAUAGGCUCGUCGAGGAAUCAGAUAUGCCUAACCUAAAUUAUGUGAAGGCUUGUGUUAAAGAGUCAUUUAGGCUACAUCCAGUAGCACCUUUUAAUCUCCCUCAUGUUUCGAGCGAGAAUGUUGUGGUAGGUGGCUACUUCAUCCCAAAAGGGAGCCAUGUGUUGCUUAGUCGCCCCGACCUAGGGCGAAAUUCUAGGAUUUGGGAUGAGCCUCUUCGAUUCAAGCCCGAGCGUCACAUCGUCAAUGAAUCCUCAGAUGUGGUUCUUGUGGAUAAUGAAUUGCGCAUGUUGUCAUUCAGUACAGGGAGACGAGGAUGUCCUGGCAUUGUGCUUGGCUCUACCAUAAGCAUUAUGCUUUUGGCUAGACUUAUUCAAGGUUUUAGCUGGAGGCCACCCAUUGAUACGAAUAACAUUGAUUUGGUUGAGUCGGGGCAUGACCUGACAUUGGCUAAGCCUCUUAUUGCUCAUGCAACACCUCGCUUGGACUCACAAAUUUAUAUACAACUCAUGUCAAAUUAAUAUAUGUAUAUUUGUUCAACUAUAAGAUAUACUGAAUUAUAUAGUCAUUAUGUAAAUGUUCGAUCAGUAUCAACAAAUGUACUUCCUAAAUAUAGUACACUAUCAUCCGUCGUACUAGUUCGUGUCUGGAACAAUUUGAUGCUUAUUCUUUGCGAAUUUUUAGCAGCUUUUAGAACAGUUAUCUUUAUGCGAUUCUUAUGAAUCGCAAUUACAUAUAGACUAUCUA